UGGGAUUGCGAUCCGGAAAAGGUGAAAGGUUAUCUAUCAAAUUUGCUUGCUAUGCUAGAUUCAACCCACAGAUUUGACUGGUUGUUAGCAAUAAUGGGAACAGCAAUAAGGCUCAUUCAGUAAGUCUCCAUGCCAAACACUCUAGCGAUUUUGAAGCUUGGAAUACGCAACUGACGACAGCUAGAAACCUAAUGAACAAGCCAGCGCAACAAUCUCCCAUGUGUGCUUCCCAACCAUGACCUCCUGCCCAUCGUGUUUCUUCAUGAUUAAUUGACAAGUUGCCUAGGAUUCUCCAAUGUGUGUAGAUAGCAUUUUGUGUGACAAAGGUCUCUCUGUUCGAGUGAAGAACCGAAUUGAAAACGUGGGUGUGAAGGACAAAAUACGCUUAUAUUGACUGACUGGGUCGGUCAGAUAACUUUGAACUAGAGAACAUCAAGACUUAGGUGUCGUGAAGAGAACAAUGAAAACUUCGCCGAAGAAGAUCCUGUAGGCUAAAGAGCUCCAAUCAGCUACUAGCGAGAAGCAUUGAAUGGCCCUGCAAUUGAACAGGAAUCAUAGAUAAGACAGAGCAUGCAUAAAUCCAAGUGGGAAAAAUACCUUAUGACCGCAGGUCUGCACUGCGGAACUGACAAAGUGAUGUUGACAGAGGCUUGAAAUAGGCGACCAGAAUCCGUUGUGGUUAAGUACAUAUAAUAAGCCUCGGGUAAACUUUCCAAGCUCCCCAAGCAUCAUCGAAGCCUCCCGCAGACCUCACUCGAAGCUCACCACGAUUAGCUCUCAACCACAAAAACACCCACAAUGCUUCGCACCAGCAUCACCGGGCUCCUCGCCCUCCCUCUCGUCCUCGCGACCCACCUCCGCAUCACAAUUCCCUCAACACCAAUCCUGCAGCACCCCUCGACGCUGCCACCUUCCACACACGCAACGCUCACGACGCUCUCGCACCACUACUCUGCGCCACUCACAACUUCCAACUCCUUCGACUUCCGCAAUGUCACAUCUGGAAGCUACUUGCUUGAUGUCCAUUCCCACACGCAUUUCUUCGCGCCGCUGAGAGUCGAUGUUUCGGAGGGUAAGGUUGUGGGACACGCCGCUGGUGAGGCGGAAGUACAGGUUUGGGGAACUUUCAGAGGGAACGAAUGGAGUAAUAAGGGAGAGGUUAGGGAGGUGAAGGAGAUUGAGGAUAGAGUUGGUGUAUGGGGAUUCGAGGUCAAGUGUGUCGGCACAAAGGAGUAUUUGAUUGAGAGGACUGGCUUCUCACCAAUGUCGAUCUUGAAGAACCCUAUGAUACUUAUUGCCGGUGUCAGCAUGAUUCUGGUAUUUGGAAUGCCAUAUAUUAUGGAUAACAUGGACGACGAAUUCAAAGCCGAGUUUGCCGAGAGCCAGAAGAGAUCUCCUUUGGGCGGCGGGCAGGCGGCCCCGAACCCAUUGCAGAACUUCGAUGCUGCUGCUUGGCUAGCUGGAUCGAGUACACCGAAGAGGAGCGAGACGCCUGUUGAGAAAGGGGUGACAAGGUGAUGAAGGCUGGGAAGCGAUAUGAGGCAGGAGUGAAGCUCAACCCAAAGUCGGGUUCUGUGAGCUUGGUGGAGAGCUGGUUUUGUGUAUAUUUACCAGCAAUAUAGAGCUGAGACCCGACAGCUGUCCUCGGACUACUGAAUAUGUAAACGAAAAUUCAAAGAAACUCUUUUCGACGCAGGCUAUUUUUUGCUAGUAUCCUAUUUAUCAUCCGUACACUGCUCAGCUCCACAACGAUACUUCACAUUCCACCCUAUAUGUCAGUGUCAUACUCCUCAAGAGCAUCUUAAUCGCUCCAUUAUCGAAGCAAGAGCAAACCCCAGGGUCGGCAGUCACACAAUAGUAAGCUUCAAGACAAAGACUUCGACACUUCACCGCCAACUAGCACAUUCCAAACCUUUUUCAUCGGCUCCCCAUUCACUCAACAUCACAAGAAAGAAUCGUCCCACCGCCUCCCACCUGUACCUAGUCUCAUUCUCCCCAGUCUAGCUCAUCACCCUAAAAAGCACGACUUGCAACAAAACAGUACCAACAAAGCAGAAGUAAAAUCUAAAGUUUCAACUACUACUAGUUGGGACACCGCACCGCUAAAAGAUAGCCACGGAGCAAGCGUGCGUUCGCUAAUUAAUGGUGCUGCGAAGUUGAUGCGAGGGAGUCCCGGAAUUUGCGUUAGUUUUGGCUUUAGAUGGACUUGGGCUUUGGCCACGAUGUGGCCGGAGCAGAUGUAAGCGGAGAGCCACCUGAGUGGGUACGAGAUAAGGACAUUCUGAGUUAUGGAGCUCUGAAUAAUGGGGCCUGGCUGUGAUUUAUCUUCUUUUGACACCGGGGGUUGUGGAACGGCUUGGUAUGCAUACAGCGUGCAGAUUUCGGAUGCAGGAACGAAUAGCACAAACAUUGUUUACUUAUUUCCGAAUGUGCGACAAUAAGUAUGUCCAAAGCACUGUGUACUCCAGAGAACA